AUGAUUACUCCAGAUGCUGAACGCACAUUGAAUACGUUUCUUGGUGUCAAUACGACACUAUCGGAACAUGAUAUUGUGUUAGAAGCUAUUGUUGUUUCCGAUUACGUCUACUUCGAAGCCUAUAUGGUGAUGUCACCAACCAGUCGUACAGCUGCUAUUCGCAUACGUGAAAUUGCCGAACAGAAUGGAGUAAAAAUUGCAGCGAGUCUUUCGGAUUCAGGUGUUGUGUUAGAUUUUCGCGAUGAUUUACGUGAAAUGUUCGGCAAGCAUAUCGAUUUAUUAUUUUGCAAUCGAGUUGAGGCAUUGAAUUGGGCACAAACCGACAAUCUAGAAAUUGCCAUCGAUUGUUUGAAAAAGUUUGCUCGGACAUUUGCUAUUACACUGGGUGCCGAAGGCGCCCUAGUCCACGAUGGCACACAACUGCACACUAUUGCACCUUACAAAGCACAAGCGGUGGAUACCAAUGGCGCGGGGGAUAUGUUUGCCGGUGCGUUUUUAUUCGCCAUUACUCAAGGAAAAGAUUUUUUGACAGCAGGAAAAUUCGCAAGUUUGGCUGCAGCAUCUGUUAUCUCGGAAUAUGGAUCACGUUUGAAUACAACGAAACAGCAACAGAUUUUAGCACAAUGGAACAAUAUUGAGCAAAAUUUUUGA